GGGGUGGAGAGAGCGCGCGAGACUGCAAUAUCAUUUGUGAAUCGCUCUCGCAGUGCCGCAGAUAGGGGCUGCAAACGCACGCGGCGCUUAUGCAGGUGAGAGAAGGGCGCUUGGAUUGAGAAUGCGGAUCAGGAGGAUUCUCUAUUAGGAAUUUACCGACAUUCCCCUACAUUAUCUACAUCGGAAUUACAAUUGUCCUUGUUUGUUUAAUUUUUGUUAUUCCCGCAUUGUCAGAGGUUUUGUGUUCUGGAGAUGUUUUUUAUUUGUUCUCUCCCUAUUGCCUGUAACUGUGUGAACUAUAUAACACGGGGUGCUUGUUAUAAGUGAGUGGCGGUAAAGAAAUAAGAGUGCUCGGAUGCUGCUUGGACAGGCAACUGGACACAUAAUCACUGUUUAUCCGCCACUUCAAGGUAAGAGGACGAGCGCCUCGGUAAAGUAGGCUACUGUAUCAUCACAACUUGGGAAUCUGUGUGGGCAUUUCAUUGCCACUACUCCGUAUUGGACAUAUCUUCGGACGGGGAAAUUAUGAUUUUCACCAUUUACAUCAUUUCUAUAUAUCAAUCUAGGAAGAUUUUUUUGUGUAACUGAAUAGACUCGGACUGAUUUGAAAUUUAAAUUAAAUAAGAUAACAUUUUGGACGUUUUCUCUUUAAGCGCAUAAGAUAUUCGGAUUCCUAAUGAAUUUAUGACAUGUGAUAUGACCGGACUGAACUGACUGUUUCGAUUGGGUUUUGCCCAGUUUUUAUUGAAAGAAGGAAAGAAACAUUAAUUAAGUGCUGGGAAAAAGGGGAGAGAUAGCCCGUGCACUUGCUCUUAUUCAUUGCAGCUGAAGCGGUGUGGGAAGGCGUCCGGAGGAUGAAGUCUUACACCUCCUGAAACGGAGGACUUCAAAUAAACCGAGAACGAAAAUUAUUGUUUUCCAAACACUAUUCCAGCAAGUAAACGAAAUCAUCAUUCGAUUCAAGGCUUUAAAAUCCAUUCAUUACAUUGCGGGGAACAAUGAGGACUACUGGCGCAGUGGACUAUUUAUGCUACAGUAUACUCAUCCUGCAGCUGCUGAAUCAGCCCGCUGCCAAGCAAGUGCUCCGAUAUCGCUUGGCUGAGGAGGGACCAGCCGAUGUCAGGGUAGGGAACGUAGCCGCAGACCUCGGAAUCGUUGCCGGGUCUGGCGAGGUGACAUUUACCCUCGAGUCCGGAUCUGAUUUUUUCAAAAUAGAUAAUAUAACAGGCGAGCUGACCACCAAUGAACGGCGGAUAGACCGUGAAAAAUUACAGCAGUGCCAAAUGAUAUUUGAUGAAAACGAGUGUUUCAUAGAUUUUGAAGUGUCAGUAAUUGGACCGGCUCAGAGCUGGGUCGACCUGUUCGAGGGGAAAGUCAUUAUUUUAGACAUAAAUGACAACACCCCAUCUUUCCCCUCUCCGGUGCUGACCCUGUCGGUGGAGGAGAACAGGCCGAUUGGCACUCUCUAUCUCCUACCCACGGCCACGGACAGAGAUUUCGGUAGGAACGGAAUCGAAAGAUAUGAGCUUAUUCAAGACAGCGGGGAGAGCUCCAGGCGCCUGGGCUCGAGCUCAGGGGGGCGCGGGGCGGACAGGAGAUUCGACGAGGGGGCAGGCAGGAGCAGCGUCUUUGAACUGCAAGUUGCUGACACAACCGACGGGGAGAAGCAGCCGCAGCUCAUCAUUAAAGGGGCACUGGACAGAGAGCAGAGGGACUCUUAUGAGCUCACCCUGCGUGUUAGGGACGGGGGCGACCCCCCACGCUCCUCCCAGGCCAUUCUGAGGGUGAUGAUCACUGAUGUGAAUGACAACAGCCCGCGCUUUGAGAAGGCUGUGUAUGAAGCUGACCUGCCAGAGAACAGCUCCCCUGGUGCCCCCAUCCUGCAGCUGAAAGCAGCUGACGCAGACGUUGGGGUGAACGGUCAGAUUGAGUACGUAUUUGGUGCGGCCACAGAGUCAGUGCGUAGGCUAUUGAGGCUGGACGAGAGCUCUGGGUGGCUGAGCGUGCUCCAUCGUAUUGACCGCGAGGAGGUGAGCCAGCUGCGCUUCACUGUGAUGGCGAGGGACCGAGGCCAGCCGCCCAAAAUGGACAAGGCCACCGUGGUCCUCAACAUCAAGGAUGAGAAUGACAACGUGCCAGCCAUCGAGAUCCGUAAGAUUGGACGCAUCUUCCUAAAGGAUGGAGUGGCCAAUGUGGCAGAGGAUGUAGUGGUGGAUACACCUAUAGCCUUAGUCCAGGUGUCGGACCGCGACCAGGGUGAGAACGGCAUCGUGACCUGUACUGUGGUGGGUGACGUGCCCUUCCAGCUCAAACCGGCCAGCGAGAUUGAGGGUGAGAUGAAUAAGAAGAAAUACUUCCUCCAUACAUCAGCUCCGCUGGACUACGAGGCCACACAGGAGUACAAUGUGGUCAUUGUUGCGGUGGACUCAGGAAGCCCUAGCCUGGCCAGUAAUAACUCGCUCAUCGUAAAGGUGGGCGACUUCAAUGACAACCCACCCAUCUUUAGCCAGAACGUGGUCGAGGUGUCCUUUCCAGAAAACAACGCCCCCGGCGAGAGGGUGACCACUGUGCAGGCCAUCGAUGCUGAUAGUGGCAAGAACGCGGAAAUCGCCUACUCCCUCGAUUCCUCUGUGAAUGGGAUAUUCUCCAUUGAUGCCGACAAUGGUGACAUCAGAGUAAACACCAUUCUGGACAGAGAGCAAACAGAGAGGUACCAGUUCAAAGUGAUAGCCAAAGAUAAGGGCAUGCCCAUACUCCAGGGGUCAGCCACUGUGGUGGUCCUAGUGGCAGAUAAGAAUGACAACGAGCCUAAGUUCAUGCAGGACGUUUUCACCUUCUACGUCAAAGAGAACCUUACACCCAACAGCCCUGUUGGCAUGGUGACCGUCAUUGACGCCGACAAAGGCCAGAAUGCAGAAAUGAGCCUCUUCGUCGAGGAAGAGGAGGAGAUCUUCUCCAUUGAGAACGACACAGGAACCAUUUUCUCCACUAUGUCGUUUGACCGUGAGCAGAAGACCACCUACACAUUCCGGGUCAAGGCUGUAGACAGUGGAGACCCACCCAGAUCGGCCACCGCCACCGUGUCACUCUUUGUGAUGGACUUGAAUGACAAUCCGCCGUCCGUCACCUUCCCCAUCAACAGCUCAUACACCCUCCUGCCCCCCUCCAGCAACAUCAGGACUGUAGUACGAACCGUCAUGGCCACCGAUACCGACACAGGGAUCAACGCUGACCUAAACUACAGCAUCAUCGGGGGCAACCCCUUCAAACUGUUUGAGAUCGACGGGGGCAGCGGGGUCAUCUCGCUGGUGGGGAAGAUGGAGAAGAAACACUAUGGCCUCCACAGACUGGUGGUCCAGGUGAACGACAGCGGCCAGCCCUCCCAGAGCACCACCACCCUGGUGCAUGUAUAUGUCAACGAGACCCUCUCCAACUCCACCAUCGUUGAGGCCCAGGUGGCUAAGAGCCUGGGCACUCCGCUCAACACCAACGUCGCCGGCGACCCCAACUACGACCUGGGCAAGCAGCGGCUGAGCAUCGUCAUCGGGGUGGUGUCGGGCAUCAUGACGGUCAUCCUCAUCAUCCUCAUCGUGGUCAUGGCCCGCUACUGCCGCCCCAAGAACAAGAACGGUUACGAGGCGGGCAAGAAGGACCACGAGGACUUCUUCACCCCUCAGCAGCAUGACAAGGGCAAGAAGCCCAAGAAGAACAAGAAGAACAAACAGCCGCUGUACAGCAGUAUCGUCACCGUCGAGGCCUCCAAGCCCAACGGCCAGCGCUACGACGGCGUCAACGAGAAGCUGUCCGACAGCUCCGGGAUGGGCCGGUACCGCUCCGUUAACGGAGGGCCCGGGAGCCCGGAUUUGGCCAGGCACUACAAGUCCAGCUCGCCACUGCCCACGGUCCAGCUCCACCCCCAGUCGCCCACGGCCGGGAAAAAGCAUCAGGCUGUUCAGGACCUGCCCCCUGCAAACACCUUCGUUGGCACCGGAGAUAACAUUUCCCUUGGAUCUGACCACUGCUCUGAUUACAGCAGUCAAACCAUCAGCAAGUACAACAAACAGCCGUUCCGCCGAGUGACCUUCUCGGUGGUGAGCCAACCCCAGGACCCCCACCAGCAGGGAUCGCUGCAGAGCUGCUACGACAGUGGGCUGGAGGAGUCGGAGACGCCCAGCAGCAAGAGCUCUUCGGGGGGCCCCAGGCUGGGUGCAUUGCCCCUGCCCGAGGACAGCUACGAGAGGACCACACCGGAUGGCAGUGUCGGUGAGGCAGAGCAUAUGGAAAAUGACACCCGGACCUUGCCCGACGUAGCCAUGACAGGCAAGUGCACCCGGGAAUGCGACGAAUACGGCCACUCGGACUCCUGCUGGAUGCCUGUGCGCACGUCGCCCGAGCGGCGGCCCAAGACGACCACCACCCAACAACCAAAGCUUUCCACCUUCAUGACCGGCGGCGGUAGCGGCAGCAUUCCUCCCGAUCAGCAACAACAGCAGCAGCAUCCUGGCAGUCAGGAAGCCCUGGUCGCCAUGGCCAACGGAGACCCCUCCUCCCACGUGAUGCUGGGCAACGACCGCAACCGCAACCUGCUCAACAAGAAGAUGGCCUCCUCCUCGUCCUCCUACGAAGCCUUCGGGUCGCCCAGCUUCAGCCCGCCGGGGGUCGAGGAGGGGGUGGUGGUGGGUCACCCCAUCGAGGAGAUCCCCCUGGCCCCCACCGGGGAAUACAAGCCCUCAUCCUGUGGCACGCUCACCCGCCGGGAGGUCUACCUGUGAGGAGGGCGGUGGAGCUAGCGCGACGGUACGCAUGGUUCUAACAACAAACAACAACGACUAUAGUAGGUAACCACGACGACAACAACUGAAGACACUUUUUACUGUACCGGACCAACCUUGGCUGAGCAGAAAAGGUCCAAGGAUAACCCCUCUCAAAGACAACAACAAACAACAAAAACAACAACGUGAAACAGUGCUAAAAUCUACGUGGAUACAAAUAUAAUCCCUUUUUUUAGAAUUCAGAUUCUGACCUUAUCUUGCAAGAGGAAGAGGAGGAUGGGGCUAUUGAUGGUACUUGAAGCGAGACAUUGGGUAACUGCUGCCAGCCUGUGAGUCGGGCCAAUGGGAACAUUACUGCUGCCUGAUGAUCACCACUCUACAAUUAUCAACUAAUUUCCAUAAAACAUGCAUGCAUUAUCUCUCCCUGACCCCACCUCCCAAAGACUGUACUGUACAAAAGAGGACCUUACUUUUUUUCCCCGUUCUUUUUCUAAGACUUGAGUGUGACAAUGAGACGUGUGACAGAGGACCGAUGUCAUGCCUUUUGGGGACUUAGUGACACUCCCACCCUGAUGACCUGUGACCCCAUGAUGCAAGUGUCAUAUACAUUCAGUAAUGUGUCGCGUACCACACGUCACGUGUCAUGACCCCCCCCCGUGCUACCCACUCUUGAUCCCGUAAUUUCAACAGCUUGUGAUAUAAAGUUGCGUUCUCCAAAACACAACCAAACAACAACAGACUGCGAAAGCUACUAGCAUGGCAUCGUAGUUACAAUUUGGGAAAGACUAAGCUUUAACUUUCUGUCCUGUGGAUAAGACAGUGUGUAUCGCCUCAUUCAUGGCAGAAUAUCAUUGAUAAAUGGAGGAGUCAAUGUGGUUGGCAAUGUCCAAGCCAUAGGAGUCCAUGACACACACAGUGUAUGAUGAACUGAUGUCCAAGUAUGCUUAUUUACGAGUGUGCUCUCUUUGCCUCUCU